AAUGUUAAACAGAAAAACAUCGAUGGAAUAUCAUCUCUGAUUAUAAACAAAUAAUUAGGCUGCACAAUAGAAUUCAGUUAUCAGUGCAAAAUAUAGGGGACGCAACCAGCAUGAUUGGAACCAAGUCGCCGUAGUGUCAGCAACAACAAUCGAACAUUACAAGUCUUCUCGAAAAUACCAAUUACACGAAGUGACGUCACUAACUGCGCAGAAAAACCAGGGAAAACUGCUUAGGCAAGGUCCAUCGAAAAAAGGGGCGGGGGAGCUAUAGAAACUGAUCCCCCAGAUUUCACUUUUACCACAAUUAAAACUGAUUAAAAAUCCAAGUGCAGCGAGUUCAAAGUAUUCACUUCACAAUGACUCGCGAUGAGAAACUGCCGCUCAAACAGGCGGAGGUCUCCAUACAAAGGUUUCACGAUAUGGCCGUUCCCCACCAUCUGGGCCUCUUAAAAAACCAUCGGAGUAAUAUAGAAAAAAGUCUGGCCCUCGGAGACUGGCAAAAAAUCAAAAAAGAGGAGCUAAAUGCCUUGAGGGUCAUAAAACAAAUCAAGAAUCUGCUUCUAGAAAUGGAUGCACUGCGCGAAAAAGUUAGAGAGGAGGAUUUGGAACGAUUUGAUCAGCUAAUGCGACCUGGCAGGGAAAAAGCCUUUGCUGGCAUGAAGGAUUUUGCGGAACUCCAAUUGAAGUCGCCCACCUCCACCAUGAGUUCCCAGUACGACGAGGACCUGGAUAAUCAACCCAACCAGGAUGUGGACAUGAAUAACCUGCCUGCCCAUCGGCACAUGCCUCAGUUGCAACUCAAUUUCCAGCUGGAGGAGCACCAAUUGGCGCAAAGACAAGCUUGCCUCGAUCAAAUGGAGAAUCUGCAGAGGGAGAUCUACGAUCUGCACGGGAUGUUCAAUGGAAUGAGGCAGCUAACUGCAGAGCAGUCGGUGGCCGUGGAAAAGAUAGCAGAUAAUGCAGAGGAGGCACUUGAAAAUGUCCAGCAGGGUGAGCUGAAUCUGCGACGAGCCUUGACCUACAAGAAGGCCAUGUAUCCUAUGGUAGGAGCCCUGCUGGGCACCUGUGUAGGUGGACCCAUUGGACUGGUGGCUGGUAUAAAAGCUGGUGGGUUGGCCGCCGUGGGCUGUGGCAUCCUGGGCUUCACCGGUGGCUCUGUGCUCAAGGCCAAUCCCAAUGUAAUGCACGGCAAUAUCGAGGAGGAGGAGCAGCAGCCGGAUAGCGAAUCCACCGAGAGACUGGAGCUCAAGGAGAAGCCGGAAUGACCCGUCGCAUCUACGUCUCUGGCCACCACGCACAUCUGGUCGGCGAAUACGCGACGUUUGGAGGCGGCCACCAGCGGAGUGAUCUGCAGUGUGCGCAGCUAUUGCUCCAUUCAGUAGUAGAGAAGUUAUGACACCGAUUUUAGUUCAAUAUCCCAACCCAUUUUGUGAUUAUCCAUGUGCAGUAGAGCUCGAAAGAAGCAUCAUCUUCUAGUUUAAGCGUUGGAUAUUUGUUGUUCACAUGACACCGCAACUGUGUGUAGAUUUUAAGGCUUUAAUAUGCAAUAAUAACUCGUAGCUUUAACAACUU